ACUUAAACAAUCCUCCAGGUCGUUGCGCGAACAACGAAGUCUGUUUCAGUUUGCGUCUUGUUCCUCUCUGAACAUUGUCCAUGGGCGAUGACGCUUACCCCAGCGAACUUUCUGGUUAGCGAGCUUAGGUCGAUCAAGAAGAACUCUCUAUAAUUUCUUCAUUAAUAAAGUGGCCAAAUGGAUAUUAGACGUAAAACCACCUAUCUCUCGCGAUCAGCUGAAGGCAGACAUUCUUGCAACUACAGUUCAUUUUUCCAGUCUGCGCAUAAAAAAUAUUGCAAUGUCGACCCAGCAAGCGCCAUGCAUAUGGUUGGACCCAUGUUUGAACUUACUGCAUGCGUUGAACUGAAAGGAGAUGAGGAGGACUUCGAUGCUGUUUAUCCAGAAUCCGCUCUGACCUACGGGCCAACCAUUUGCUCUUUCGGGCUGAAGUAUAAUGAUCACAAUUAUGCUCUUCCUUCGGGUUUGACGCCACCUUCUAUGGCACCACAUCUUAUGGAUCUGCAACACCCGCGGGAUAAGACUACUGGGGACCACAGACUUGACGCACCAUACCUUCGAGCUGUUUUCUCCGAAGAAUUCCCUAGAUCUAGGAGACCCAUGGAAAGAUCAGAAGGAUACCUAGGGACGGAGUCUGCACAUGAGCACUCAGUUUCGGAUGGACCGGAGCCUUGCAUGUCUUCUGGUGCCACCGGUGAUUCAGAAAAUGGUCUCGAAUCGAGGCCGCGUCUAUUGAAUCCAUGGUUAUCAUCUGGUCGACCAGCCUCAGAGUACGGACCAGAGGCCUACUCGCAAGACAUUUCUGCAAUGUCAAAGUACAACAGACUUUCAGGAACGUUUGAGAAGAUUGAGAUGCGCUACGAACCGGAACUUAAGGUUAUCGAGGUCCCUGAAGAGUUGGCUGUUUCUCCGUCUCAGCUGAGCGAUUUGGACAGUGAUGUGUCCGACGAUGGCUACUCCGCUCUCAAGUCAGCCACCGAUCAAACAAGCCGAGCACCCGUAAUUGAUGGCUGUUUGGUUAACAGUUCUAUCUGGUUGAACGUUCGUUGCACCUGUGGUCAAACUCACACAACGGCAAAGCUCAUUCGAUGCCCUGCCUGCAACUCCCAUCAACACGUGGAUUGCAUGGAAAGUCACUACAACGUUUCACUUCCAAAUUUGUGUGAGGGUUAUAUCUGCCCACAGUGUACCUCAGAAAAGUCUGCGGCCACUUCGAUUAGUCAAGCAGAGCCACAUAACUUGGUGACCCCCACAAUUUCCGUGGCAUCGAAUCAAACAGAAGCCCCUUCAGAUUCCGCACCAGAACAAAUUCAAGACACGGACCUCCAGGGAUGCGGCUUGCUUCAGUCCACUCAGAAUACUGCCGGUGAUGUUUCCAGGCGUUUGGCCACAAAGGAGGGCACCGUCGGAGCUCAGUACGUUGAGAUAACAGCUGAUAGGGCCAAACGGUUAGGACUACUGCCCAACUUACUGAGGGCAGAUAGCUCUACAGCUCCACACAAUAAAUUUGGAGAUCGACAUAAUUUCAAAGAUUCAGACUCGCGAACCUGCCACUUGGGCGUAGACUGGGAACGCUUGACUGAACUCUCUCGAUCCACCAGACGGGCCCAUGGUGAUACGAAUGUGAAUCUUCGUGUGCCCUCUCCCCCUCGGACAUCGAAGCGAAAGCAGGAUCUCACAUCCACAUCAUAUAACGACACUGAUGUGGGCGUGAUUGAUCCCAAUGCCGCCGAUAAACGCAUGUGUCCAUCAAGCUCGAUUGUACCAUUGUAUUCCGAUGACUCCUCUUCUGCUAGCGUCACUCCAAUGACUACUCCAUCAUCCACCCCAUGCAAAUUUCAAUCCCCUGGCACCCCAUCUACCCCUGGAUUCACUUUGACUCCGGACUCUGAGUAUGGGAGCUCUUCCGGAUUGGAUAGUCCAGCGCGCUAUCAUCGGCAUGACAAGCGGCGCCACAAGCCUGGGCGCGUGCUCUUCGCUGAUAACCUCUCCCCAGGAAAACGUGGGUUUGCCGUCCGGGCCAAUCCUUUGGGUGCAGCCUGGGCCAAGGACUAUCAGGAAGCCGACUGCAAUGCUUACUCUCGAGCUUUGCUUGAUUACGUUGAGCGGCGGCUAUCCUCACAUGUGGAACGGAACUACCGGAUCCCUCCAAACUGUCUCACUCGCAGUUCGUUGUGCCGUGUUGUACUUUUUGACCACGAUGACAAGGGUCUUGAAGCCGCAAUUCGACUCUCUGCCAAUGAAGUCGUCACCGAAGUUCGAGGCAAGUUUUUGCUUCUGGAGGAGUAUGAACACUAUAUUGACCCAAUAUCUGAAUAUAAUCGUUACGUCAUGUUUUAUCGUGGCUUCGGCGAUCGUGCAAUUAUUGUCGAUUCGUCCCAAUAUGGAAACCAUGCCCGAUUCGUGCGACGCUCCUGCAUCCCCAAUUGCCGUCUGGAGCACUGUUUUGUUCAAGGCAAAUUGCAAUUGGUCAUCCGCACCUCUAUGGAAGUCAUGACCGGAACAGAGCUGACUAUUCCAUUCGACUUGGAUUACCGCGCAUGCCGUUACCCCCUGGAUUGCGCCUGCGCGCGUUCCCGCUGCCCUGUUUUGAAAUGGCGCCGCAAGUUGGUUCGUAACAAAGUUGUUCCAAAUUUGGACUACAGCAAGUAUAUCGAAUCUCAGCUACGAGUGUACGUAUCUCCUUCUACUCGUUACUAUUCUCUGUGUGCUUUCACCUCGACCACAGCCUGAUUACAUGUUGCCGCGACCAUUACUUUGCAUGCUCAUGCACUGCUUCUCUCCCUAUGGCCUCUCAAUGUGGUUUCGGCACUCCGUUUUCCUACAUCCCCUUGCUCAAGCGGAGGCAACGGUUCUCUACUUUGAUUAUUUACACUUGUCCAAUAUCUUCGGUUUCGCUAGUUGCAUCGGUCCGGUUUACGCGGAUGCUCCAUCCAUCACCAGUGUGAUGGUAACUAAAGUGUUGAGGCAUUGACCUCCCCAGUGAAGUUCAGCUUAUCAAGCCAUCCAUGCUCUGUUGGGUGGUGGUUCAUGUUACCUUACUAUAUACUAAUAAUGCUAAUGUGGAAAUGGGCAAUAGUUAAACCCCCAGAUAGAAUAUUUAAGGCUUAGAAAAUGGUGGCCAACGCAAGAGCUCCACUGACUCGUGAUUCUGCAUGUCUUACCACUUACUUGGCUGAGAUCUAGGUCCGCCUCCCCAGGAUGUCCACAAACCAACCCAAUUCAACUAUUCGGUAUUCUUCAAGCUCUUCGCCGUGGCUGGCCAUCUUGGUGUUUCGCCAAGCUGGAUACAGUAUUGGCAUGAGAUACAUACCUCAGAGACAGACUCGAACUUUUACGGAGCACAUGACUAAUUUAUCAGAAGCGAUUCAGAUUCAAUGAGCGCUCUAUUAUGCCACCGGAGGACUUGUUACUAGACACUAAAUGAUGAAUUUCAGCAGAACUCGUGGUUAUACACGGCUAACCUUCUAAUGUCCCCAUCUGCAAGCUAUCUUGCCCGUUCAGUGACGCUGGCGGUUUCUGUCCCAAAUCAACGUAUCAGCAGUACGCCGCCAGCACCGCACACAACCGCUUUGUCACCCGCAUCUACACGGAUUCGACCUUCGGAUUACAAAACAAGCGUGUAAUCCAUUCGGCCACCGGUCGAUGGAAGCGUAAAGCUGAAGCAACGAAUUGGGCACCUUUUCUCUGCCCCCUACUAAUUACCUUCGACGGGGUUUACGCGUUUUUCCAGCUACCGUACAUUGGGACCUAUUCUAGCGGAAAAUCCUCCGCACAAGUCGAUAGCGGUGGAUUCGACAUCGCUAGAGACUCAGCGUGUAAACACUAUCAUUUGGACGAGUCUGAUGAACGCGGGGCGCGGUGUCUGGUUUGCUUGUUCCGUACCUAUACGAGUGAGUAUCGAAUGUUGGCCGGUUUGAUGUGCGCGGACAUUUAUACCCCCGAUGUAGGAUGGGGAUAUAGGUUUGAAGGAUGAAGUAACCUCAGCAUUGCUCCGAAAAAGGGUUCUAGUCAAGAAAUAGAAACUGAAACAAGACAGUUGACGACCGCAUCUUGUAUGUGAGCGAUACUCUCUGAUUGAUCAUUUCGAGAGGGAAGUUUUGUUCAUGGUGCCCGACUGACCUACAAAGCAACCGGGCACCUGGAAGUUUACUCGAGGACCUAUAGGCAUAGCCUUUGACUCAGUAAUGUGAGUGAUGGUGAGGAGCAAGUUCAACUCAGGAGCGUGUUUACAAGGACCCUUUAGUAUUUGUCUGAGGCAUCUCACACAUAUCCGUUAAAAAUUUACAUCUCAUCCUAGAUUUACGGCUGCAUUACGUUAAUCCACUUGCGGCCAUAACUAGCCGCACUUAUUUGAUCAGGGUCUAUCUGAUUUGAUGCCGGUGGUAGCAGACCACUGAGUACCGGUUGUUGAUCUCCCACCGUCAGAGAAUGUGUGACACUUACUCUACCCCAAUCUAGUUGUGAGCUUAUAACCCAGGAUUUGUGUCUCACAUGGCUACGUUUUAAAUACGGAUUACCAUCGACGUCUAUCCAUCUUCUGGAGAGGAUGCUGCGGCUGAGCUAGUCUGACCGACCCCUAUUUUCUGAUUUGUCUAAUGGCUCUGAAAGCACCUGGAAGUUUCACCCGGCUUUGCCUGAUGGAUUGUCAUGUGUGCAGUCUCUCGCACGACGUAAAGAUCCAUUUUUAUCGUGAUAGCUAUCCGAAGCACAAUAGUGCUGCUUAUCCAUGCUUUACUGGCCUACAACUGCAGGCGCUUUUUGCUGAGCUGAGAAAUUCACAGACCCAUGCUAGAAAGAGGAGUCUGACCCGGGAUGUAGAUGUUGCAAUCCCAAACUCUUAACAUCUAUAUGAAUCCAUUUCCUCACUGCAUAUUUUGUCAGAAUGCCUUCUAGUCUCAUGCGGACCGUAGGACUACUGUUUCGUAUCUGUUCUUAACUUUUCACCUCAGCUUGACUUUUCGAUUUCUGCAGAUGUGAAAUGUUACUUCAUGUUUGCGGUAUGCAUUUUAUUAUAAUCAAACCUCAACUCUGAUUUGUUCUCUCGGAUAAGUCGUCUAUAAAUCCCCCUUUAGUUUAUCAUGUUUGUAGAGAAGCGCAUACCGAACACUUGUAACUUACUACAAUAUUUCAGUUAUCCGGUUUACUCAUUUCGUCUCCAACAUUUCCACCCCAGUUAUACGUGACUGUAACGACAUGGUCAUUCAGGAGCCGUCUCACACGUGUGUUGUACCUCACAGCAAAGGACCUGCCCCUUUCUUUUUCGUUAGAUAAAACUCAACUCUGCUGAUCGUUUUCCAUCCAUUAUGUUUGGUUAUCUUUUGAUGUAACUUCGUCUAUUCUUGUGUUUUGUUUAAGAUUAUCCAAGCCACUCACACAAGAAAGCCCUGGCAAUCGAACUUCUUACGAUCAUCCCGGAUUGACGAGUUCACCCAUGAUUCGAAGCUCCGCAUACUCUACCUUACAUCCUUCUCCCUCCGUCUCAAAUCGUCAAUUCGAUGGAAUGUCUGACAGUUUUGAGUCUUCUAUCGACUCCGAGCAACCUUCAGAAUUGUUAUUUACCACUCCUUCGAAAGCAACGUCCGCCUCACCCUUUACCUCCAAUCAGAUCACUAAUGAUAGCGAGGUUCCGCUUACUUCGACCGCUGCGAGCCCUAACACCAGGCAGAUGGCCUCGGAUAUCUCAGCCCAUCCGAUUGGAUUGCAACCCUGUGCAAUUGAGGAAAAACUGACGUUCCAACCGAUCAUCACAACCCGACGCCAAGCGGCUGCCAUGCGGCCCACUUUGCAUUGAAUUCCACUGUCACACAACGAAAUGUUUCACCCAGGCACACUUCCCACUGAUUUUGAGUGCUGUGUCCACUAAUGCUCGACCCAAUAUCAUUUCUAGUGCUUUCUCUUCCUAUGCUUUUCUACUCAGCGAGGAUAUUUUUGUCUACUUUUGUAUAGUUACUUGAAUCUUUUGUACAGUUUCCCGAUCACCGAUUCGUGUACUGCACUUGUCCCUUAGAAUCUUCAGUUGUCCACUCUCCCCUCUUAUCCAUCCUCAACACGAUCAUUCGUACCUUUUCCCUCCUAAACAGUCGACCUAUUAGAUUUUUUGCCUUCCAUGCCCACCUAUUUGUAUUUCACAUGCUUACUUUCACAAUUAUGAUAACCUACUUUACCC